AUGGGUGCAAAAUGUUGCGCUCCAUCGAGCUCACCGGCUCCCUCACCCGACAACUUCAAGACGUUUCUGGAAAAAGUGUGGUUCGAGACUCGAAAUCUGGAAAAACGAUGGCGCCGACGAGAGAGGGACCAGGAAAAGUUACCUAUCAAUAUAAGGUUUGAAGCUGAUUUUCAAAAAAUUUCAAUCUAUUUUCAUUCCCAAAAUGCCCCUUUUUUCAGAGUAAACGCAUCGGAACGACGAGUCGAAUAUCGGUAUCAGUCUGAAACGCUACUAUAUGAUUUCGAAGAAACCACAAAACGCGAACAGCUAGAGACAUGGCAAAGUAAACGACGGGUCCAAGCACCGACAACCGCAGUAGUGACAAUGGUUCGAAAAACGCAAAGUCUUCAGGAGAAAGCGGAUUUCCAGGAAUUGCUGGGUACGCGAAGGCGGGAGAUUUGA